CAAAUCUUAAGGUUGCUCCCCGCUAUAGAUUGCUUCAGAAACAAAAAUGACUCUAGACGUUGCAGAGUUGAAAUCAAGGUUGCACAAACAGUCUGAGCUAAUAAUGAUUCUGAAGUCAAGAGCUGAUUCUGAAAUGGAAAAUCGCAAGCUUGCAGAGUGUAAACUGCUGUCUGAAUUGAAAAGAAAUCAAGAUCUCAAGGAACAACUUGUACAAUAUCAGCAAAAAGCAUCUGAUGCCGAAAUUAAUAGUCGUGUAUUGAGAUCUAAUUUGGACAGUCUAAGUUUCGAACUGCUCUGUCAAACAUCAGCUAAAAAGUUAGGUCAUCACCUGACAGACGCAUGUAUCCAAGCUGAGCCUGUGAAGACUUUUCAAGAUAAAAGUAUCAGCACUCAGCGAAAUGAUGAAGAAUGUCUUGAUGUUUAUCGUGAUAAGUUCAGGAGACUCAGCGAAAAAAGCAACGAGCUUUCUGGUUUGAUAAAUCAAGCAAAGUCAUUCUACUUGAAAAACCAAAAGACGUUGCAAAUCAGUUUGGAAGGUUUAAUUGGAUUAAUAACUAAAAAAGACAACAUUCAUCUCAGGACAAGCAAAGACUACCACGAUCACUGUGUCAAAUGGGAAAAUGAAAGAAAAACAUUGACAUCGCAGCUAGAAGAUGAAAGGAUUUUGAACAACGAUAUGCGCAUGAAAUUGAAUGAAGCAUAUGCAGAUAAGUCAAAACUGGAGGAUACCUUGAAGAAACUGAAAGAACAAAGGGAACGUGAAAUGAAGGAAUUCAAUGCAAACGUACGUGUAAAAUGUUUGGAAGAGGAACUUAUGAAUUCUAAGCUAGAAAUGGAACAAAUGAAAAAGGAUUUUGAAGCUUACAAAAUCUAUACCAAAGAACUAUUAGACAAUGAGAGAAGAUUGAACAAGGAACUACGACAAUUAUUCAACUGAAAUUAAAAAAAAACCAGCAUAUUCAACAAGAAUGAAUAUUUGAAGAAGACUUUGGAUAAAGAAUUACAUUCUUUUUUUUAUUGUCAGUUAAACGUAUCAAGAUUUACUUGUAAAUCAAUAAAUCGACUAGAAAUAUUGAUUUCAUCUCGUUUGUUUAACUGAUAACAAUAUGCGAAAAGUUACAAAAUGAAACCUCUUGUAGAAAUCGUCUGAC